AUCGUCGCCGUUGUUUGCGCACCUGCCCUCCAUCUCGAAGCCAUCCUUGAGUUUACAGUCGUAUGAACGGCGAUGACACGCGGGUGCCUGCUCGCAGCCGGCCUAUAACCGAGUGGCUUGUUACGGCGGCUCCGAGGUAGGCCUUUGGUAUGGCUAUGCACAGCUCGAUCCUCUCGACUUUGAACUGUACGUAGGUCAUAUAUUCGCCAAUGGUCUUCGUUCGCACGCUGCACCUUGUUCUCCACCUACGUCGUCGAGGGAGCUAGACGACAAUGCCGGCUAUCCCAUCUCCAGCCAACGCGCCUGGCGCCAGCUCGACUUCCACCCCUCUGAGCAUCUCGCGCAGUGUCCUCGCCACUAGUCCCAUCGCCACUAUCAACAUUCUCGAAGCCAAUCCUUCGGACGCUGUUAAUCCCUCAUCAAGUAGCGAUGUUGUCCAGCUCGUCCUGGUCAUCGGAAUCCUCAUAGCCGGGAUUCUGCUGUUCGGCAUGCUCACGUAUCUUGCGAUAAAUGGACCGAAGAGCGGUGGACCUCUCACUUUCUUGGAGUACUGGAUAGACUACAAUGUCCGGAUGCUGAGUGUGCAAGCCGUCGGCAUCGAGGCCGGCGCGGACAACAGGCCUCAGGCAGCACCCACCCCGCCUGAGGGGAUGCCCUCUGUCACGACAAAUACUACUCCCCCUCACGGCGCUUCCGCACUGUCGCCCGAAAGCUCUGCAGCGCCGCGAGAGGCUGUGAGCGAAUAACCACCUGCUCCAAGUCCAUCUCCGCCGGUCGCGUCCCGUCGCCCAUGAUUGCUGUAUUGUUCCGCAUUCUACUCACUAGACCCUGGACGUGAUGAUCGCCAGGGCUAGACACUCUCGCUUUCGCCGCGCCGCAUGCUCGGCAUUCUCCUCAAUAUGUUAUUUGUUGUAUUGCUUUGCAUACCCGUCUUCCUCUCGUCGUAGAACGCUGUGAUUAAUUAGUCAUCCUCCGCACUCUCGCAAGACUUGUUAUACCCCUCGCAUUACAUCUCUAACGUUAAUGUACGGUCACGAUAUACUACUCGUACAUGAU